CGCCUCCGGCGGCCCAAGGGCCCCACCUGCGCCCCAAGCACCGGACCAUGGUGGGCAGCUCCGGUGGGGAGCCACAGCCACCUCCAGCCGAGGUCGCCCGCAGCCAGCCCCUACCCCACCCGAGCCGACACGCGGGUGUUCGCAGCGAGCUGGUCACUUCUUCCUCAGCCGGAAUGGGUCGCGCAGGACUGAGCGAUCGGCCUCGCGUCCGGCGGGUAAUCCCCAUCUGAUCUGCUGCCUGUGAGCUACCGACUGCUGGGCGGCGCGAACCUGGGGGGCGGGGGGCGCGGAGAUGACCUGAUCGAGAGCACGCCAAAGCGCCCUCUCCUUUCUCUGCUCCCUUUUGAGCCUGUACGGAGACGCGCUCGGUGCUGCGGCCCGGCUGGACCAUGGCGGGGAGCUCCAGUUAAAAGCGUGUGGGCGCCGAGCUGGAGAGGACACCUUCAGGAUCGCUGCCUUUUUAGGGGGCUUAUUUAAACUACUGAGUCAUUCCAAAUUUAGGAUUCCCUAAAUAAUCACCAACUGUGCCCGUCUCCUGAAGACAGCAAGCGGAAAGAGAAAGAGCACCUGCUCUUUGGGACCCCGGUAUCCCCUGCACCCGCCUCCCGCGGGGGUUUCUCCCUAAGGACUGCUUAGCCCUCGAGGAUCUCCCUGCCGCCCCUCCUUCGUUGCCAGUCCCUCAUUCUCUCCCUCCUCCCCGGCUUCCUGCUCUCUUUGCAGUGCUGCCGGCGGGGAGUCGCGCUCCCUCCCCGCAGCUGGAAACAGCUGCGCCCACCCCACGCCCAUUCCCCGACUCCGGCUAACCGCUCCCACUUCGCGCCUCUCGGAAUCUGAGGACGCAGCGGGCGCGAUGCCAUCCGUAGACCUCACCCCGCCGGGAAGGACCGCCUAAUCUCCAGAACUGCGGGCCGCAGGGAGUUAAAUUGCUGCCUUCCUCUCCUUCUCUCUUGCGGUUGGUGGCUUGUUCUCUAAAGGAUCGUUUUAUUCACUUUUUAGUAUUUUCUACCGGGGGCACGCUACCCGCUGUGGUCCAGACUCUGCUUUGUAAACGGGUUUUAUAUGAUGUGUGUGUAGAUAUACUUUGGACACCUUACAACGCUUGCGCCUCUCCAACAGGGGCACGGCUUGUUGUUUUGGACACCUUCCUCCCCUUCUACUUGGUACUCCCAAGGCAGUGUGACCAAACUCCCCACUGCCCCUUGGACGCCGAUCGCCUUAGGGUGCAAGUUUGGGGUGCAAGAGUCGAGUGAACAGGAAGGCUCGGGAGCGCCCCGCCCCCGCCGCCAGCGGUUGGGGAAGUUUACAUCUGGAUUUUCACACAUUUGGUCGCCGCUGCCCAGACUCUGACUAACCUUGUGGGCGCCGGGUUUUCAGAACUGCAGCCUUCUCAAAUAUUAGCACUGCCUCCCGCGCCUGCCCUGUCCCUCCGGGCCGCCGAGGUCCUGCCCUCACCCCGGGGGAGAGCGAUCCCGAGGGCGCAGUGGAGCCCGGGGCCGGUGGCCCUCGCUGAGCAGCUAUGGCUGCGGCUAUAGCCAGCUCCUUGAUCCGGCAGAAGCGACAGGCGAGGGAGUCCAACAGCGACCGGGUGUCGGCCUCCAAGCGCCGCUCCAGCCCCAGCAAAGACGGGCGCUCCUUGUGCGAGAGGCACGUCCUCGGGGUAUUCAGCAAAGUGCGCUUCUGCAGCGGCCGCAAGAGGCCAGUGAGGAGGAGACCAGAACCCCAGCUGAAAGGAAUCGUGACAAGGUUAUUCAGCCAGCAGGGAUAUUUCCUGCAGAUGCACCCAGAUGGCACCAUUGAUGGGACCAAGGACGAAAACAGCGACUACACCCUCUUCAAUCUGAUUCCCGUGGGCCUGCGCGUGGUGGCCAUCCAAGGGGUGAAGGCCAGCCUCUAUGUGGCCAUGAAUGGUGAAGGUUAUCUCUAUAGCUCAGAUGUUUUCACUCCAGAAUGCAAAUUUAAGGAAUCUGUGUUUGAAAACUACUAUGUGAUCUAUUCUUCCACACUCUACCGUCAGCAAGAAUCAGGCCGAGCGUGGUUUCUGGGACUCAAUAAAGAAGGUCAAAUUAUGAAGGGGAACAGAGUGAAGAAAACCAAGCCCUCAUCACAUUUUGUACCAAAACCUAUUGAAGUGUGUAUGUACAGAGAGCCAUCACUACAUGAAAUUGGAGAAAAACAAGGGCGUUCGAGGAAAAGUUCUGGAACACCGACCAUGAAUGGAGGCAAAGUCGUGAAUCAAGAUUCAACAUAGCUGAGAUCUCUUCCCUUUGUCCCUCUCUCAUCCCUUCCCUUUCUCUCCCCACCCUCCUUUACCCAUUUCCUUCCAAUAAACCCACCCAAGGAGAGAAAAAUAAAAUGGCAAUGCAGGACCUAGAGGCUCCCCAAAUCUUCAUUUGUGUAGGACAGGAAAAUUGAACCAAAGCUUUCCUGUUGCAAUGUGGUAGAAAAUGCACAUGCACAAACAUUAGCACACACAUAAGCAAGGGUAAACUAGAUCAAGACUCCACAAACAUUAAAGUAAAUUGCACAAUUAACAGAAGGCUAAUGGCAAUGAAGAUGUAACUGUGAUAAAGAUGAAAUAAAGUUAUUACCUUAAAGAAAAGGGUUUUGGAGAACUGAACUUACAAAUUGAUGUAAUACCCUAAAUAGCUUAAGCUCUGUAUAAUGCUGUGAUGAGUGCUUUGUUUUGAUUUUGUAUUUUCUUUGGGCAUCUGAAAUUAACACAUGAUUACAUCCUGUUUUCAGGAUUUUUUUAAGACCACGAUAUUGAACAUUUAUUUAUAGAUUUUUUUCUGAUGCCUCCAAAAUAAAUAACAAGGAAUCAUUAAACAUCAAGUCAAAUCUAAUAGUAUUAACCGACAAUCCCUUCAUAAAAUGAGUUUUAGAUUCUCCUAAGAGAAUGUCAUAUUUUUAUGAAAGGUAUUAACCUAGGAUCUCUUUUCUUUUUGUUUUCUUUAGUAAAUUAGAUAAAACUUUUUUUCUAAGGCUGAAGUAACUUUUGGGAUUUUUUUGCUAUUACCAUGCCUGGGCACUGAUGUACAAUUUAUGUGUUCUUACUGUUUGGUCUGAUUUUUAACUUUGUGGACACCUUUGAGAGUGUAGGUGCAUGUCUAGUUGUCUUAGAGUUUUUUACCAUCUCUUGCAGCAGGAAAGAAGGAAGAGGGGUUUACCUAAGAAAAUACAUCCUAGAAAGUUGGUCAAAGCAAAUCGUGUCUGCCUUUGUAACUUACCAGAGUUUUAUGUGUACAGCAUUUUCCAAACUCUGCCAUGAUGUCGGGAGGCAGGGCUGUGAAAUUCCUAAUUUACUAUCUUAUGAAGCAGGUGGCUUGUUUGUUACUAUAUAUCCUCAUUUGUAAGUCUAGGUGACAAUAAAUGUGUCUCCUAGAACACAGAAGGGUACUUGUAAUAGACUGAAUUUUUCACGGGUAUAGAGAAACAAUAUAGAUCUAACAGCUAUGCUUUCAACAGAGUUAUGAGAGAAUCUUAAAGUAGAAUAAAAAUUAAAAGAAAACUCAGUGUAAGACUAGGCAAAUGCAUCAUUAGGGAUACUGAAGUAUUAGAAAAAUAUAGGGAAGAAAUGGACAUUAUUCAAUUGCCUUGGAAAUAGAUCCUCUUAGUCCUACAAAUCAAGUAUGGUGUAGAGACAUCCAAAUUAAAACAACAAAACAGAAUGUCAAAAAACGUAUGCAGACUUAUGGAUGUUAUCAAUGAGGAGACUUAGCAUGUUACUUCUCCUAUAACUCUCCUGUCCAGCAUGUACUGUUCCAAAUAUGACUCCCUCAAAUAUAUACACUUUGCAGAAGCUCUAGGUCCUCACUUCAAUGACCUUGCCAUUGGUUGCUGUAUUCUUUCAAGGUCACUGUAGUUUCUCUCACCCUACACAAUCAUUAUUCUCCAAUAGUGGUUUGUGUACUUCACCAAGUAUUCUAUUUAUGUUAUCAGGAGGUUAGUGGAAAACAAAAUGGAAGAAUUUACCUAAUCAAUUGCAAAGAAGGAAAGUUAUGUACCUAGGCAAAGAUUUUGAACAUAAAUUUGCAAGAAAUAUUUUUUAACCAAAAUAUUUGGAAAGUAGCAAAUAAAGACAUUUACAUUAAAAAAAAGGAAUGUUGCUCUUCUAGGAAAAGAAUGCCCUUGUUUUAAAAAAAUCUGAUUAUAUUUCUCCUUGUCACUCUUGAUUCAACUGGAUUAUAAACGUACCUGUCACUUUCAGGACCAAAACAAAUCCCAAGCACAAAGCCUUAUUUUCUUUGAAGAAAUAAAAGGAGGCUUCUACAAAAUGGGUCACAGGCUUGUGUAGCAUGAAAUGACAUGAGCUUUUGUGGGGAUACAUACAUACGCAUGUAUACACUCACCACAAACUCAUCAGUAACACACAACAAUGGACAGUUUCACGGAGUGUUAUCCAUUACAUGGAUGGCUUCUUGACAGAAUACAUUUAAGCCAGUUAAAUAUUAUGAAAAAUAUAGAGAUAUGAAUUUCCAGCAACAUCCUUCCCUCUAUUUUCAGUGGCUGUUCGUUUGUUAUCUAGUCAGUUACAUUUGUCUCCGUCCUGACAGCAGUUAAGAAACAGAGUUCUAACUACCCAAUUUGUAUAUUUUUUCUCUAUGUCAUUUAAGCAAAUGUUCACCACAGGGAAAUGUUUGGGAUAUUCGCUUUGUCUUAGUCACAAUUAAUUUCAGAGAACAAGUUGGAGACCUUAUAUUACUGUUACACAUUACCUGACAAAAACCGGUUUAGAGCAGAUGUGAACAUUUGCUGAACUGUUGCUUACUUUGUGAGCACAUGAAACCUGUAAUAGAAAAAUGUCAGUAUUCACAGUCUAGGCUUUUAAAAAAUUGGCAAAUUAGCUUUCUCCAAAAAUAUGAGCCAGUUUAAUAGUUCAUUUUUCAGGUUUAUUCCAAGGAAAAGAGUUAUUUACUUUGAUAUUUAUUAUUCCAAUUUCUGGGUCUCAAUUCAUCCAUUAUUUAUUCUCCUAUAAGUGAACUAAGCUUUUAUAAAAAAAAUAAUUCAUCGAGGCAUUCUCAGAAGAAAUAGGACUUCUAGCAAAGCUUUGUAAUUGGCUAUGAACAUACAAGUUAAGACAUGUUUAUUCUAAGAGUCCUAAUUGUAACAUGUUUCAAAAUCAGUGGGUGUAAGAAUGGGAAAAAAAAAAAACUUUUGAGACUCUCACAAAACAGUUUUCUGGUCAAUAUGCCUAACUUGGUUUUCAAGCUAGAGGUUUGAGGUACAGAAACAAAAUGGUGCUGGAGUUCCAUUCGCUAAUUCAGAGACAGUUGUGCCUCAGGAAAGGAGAACAGGAAGCGAACCUAUUCUUGAUCACAGUAAUGGUUUAGGUUUCGAGUUUUACACGUGAAUUUUAGAGCACAUUUUUAGCCACGAUGAACUGGCCCAAUGAAGAGGUAUCAAUUUGAUGCACAUUGUGAUGCUUGAUCAAGGACCUGUAAUCCAGAUAGCUUUUUAGACAAAUCCUUCUAUUUUAGAAAAUAGCAAUGCUGCAGAUAGGUAUUAUAUGUAGAUUGGUGGUCCUUGAUUGCACUAGCAAGAGAUGAGAGCAUUAAGACAAAAUGAAAGGGUCAAGAAUGGCUUAAUGUGAAUUGAAACUUUGAAGGUCCUAACUCAGGACCACCGAUUCUUGGUGAAGAAGCAUGACUACAUCAACAGUAAUUUUUUUAAAAACACAGACCCAGAAAUAGCAAAUCUACUAUCCACUUUCAUGACUUAAUCUACAAGGCGUUGCUCCGCGAUGGGUUUUCACGAAGUCGCUCCAUUUCAUCUGCACAAGGUGAAACACAUUCAAACAGAAAAAUGCCCCAGUCAUUUUAAUAUCAUAAAAGGCUGAGAUUAUUUCUCUGUCAUAAGUUGUAAAUAGCAUUUUUUAAAAAUCAGAAUUACAUUUAAAUGGUGGAUUGUUCUACAAAUAUAAAUGUGUAUAUAUACAUAUGCUUCUGAAAUAGGGAUAUAUUAUAUAGAGUUUUUAUUUGAUUUGUGGUAUUUAGUCAUAGGUAAUCAAAAAUAAAGAGACUUGAAUGUAAAACUUUAUAUAUAAAUGUAUAUUUCUAAUGAUAGUAGAAAUCGCCACUUUGUAAUAAAAGAAGAAACAGGUGGGAACAAUAAUCAAAGCACAUGUCCUUUGGAACUUCAGUGCUUCUGAAUCCCCUCUUUGAUUCAGAGGCAACUAUUUUUUUAUUUCUAAAAAGCUACCUUAAAAACCUAUCCUUCCUGAAACAGACUCCAUGAUAAGUCCUAGCAAAUUGAAAAUCUAUGGUUGAGAGCUGGAAAAAGAUGCUAAAUGCUAAUCUUUAUUUCUCACAACUUUUCCUGAAUCCCAAGUUAAAUAUUUAAUAUUUAAAAUCUAACGUGAGUGAAAAUUGGUAAUGUUCAGAGUUGAUAUAUUGAAUUUCAGGAACAUACAGAAGCAAAAAUAUAUUUAACAUUGUGAUAAUAGCAUAAAGUAAUGUCAUAAAAUUGCAUCAUUUGAUGUUUUAUUAGUUGGAAAGAAUGAGUUGAUGCUUCUUUGUCUUUGCUCCAAGCACAACCUGAAAUGACAGUGGCAUUCAUUUCAUUUAAACUUGUUGAAAAGUCCAAACUAUACUCCCAUGAAUAGAAUUGGUACUAGCUCCAUUAUAAGGUUAAAUGUUACAAUCUUAAGAAAUUAUUGACACUGAAAUGUUUAAUAAAUAUGUUGUAUGAGAAACUGAACAAAUUCAUGUUUUGUUUUUGCAUUAAAGUUCAGAUUAUUCAAAUCAUU